CCAUUAUUCAGUAUUGUAUGUCUGACACCCUCUUCGAUUGUACCGUAACAUUCAUCUAAAUAUAUAGAAAUGACAACGAAAAAGGAGGGUUCCCUACACACCAGUAAUGAUAGCUGGAUUGUCAUCGCUACAGACUCAGCACUGGACACGACAAAGCUCCUUGAUGGUGAUCCGACAUUUGUCAGACUCAAGAACCCAACUACAGGUGCUGCAUCACAGUACUUGUUCAGCAGUGAUGCCCGGGUGUACGAGGUGAAGGCAUUUACUCAGGAUUUACACUCUUGGUUUAUCGACCAGACGGUCCAAAAAGAUGGCAGACUGCUGUUUGUGACGCCAGUGGAUCCACUUUUUCUGUUGUUGCCAUACCUGCAGAAUGCAGCAAUGGAUGGAAAGUUCAAGCCACUCCAGCAGAUGGUGAUGGAUGAAGAAUACCCAGGAUGCAUUGCGUUGCUGAAAUGCAUGCAAGCGUUGGACACACUUCAUCAUGUGGCAGAUAAAAAAGAGGUGGGUAGUCAGGAGUUCCACAGAUACAACAAAGAGAAGAGCAUGGAGUGGCUAAAGAAAAAGGUCUUGAACACAGUGAGUGGACUGAAAAAGAGUGAUAUUUGUGUAGGCGGAGGGGUAAAAUCCACAACAUAUGUCAGAGUUAAACAAGAAACAGAUGUCACUGAUGAAGAUUACUUAUGCUAUGCUUAUGGACUUAUCUCAGAGUAUAUCAGUGAAGAGCUGAGCAAACAUCUUUACAAGCAUUUGCAGUUGCCUGAACUAUCCAUUCAGAAAGAGCUGGAACCUCCCUCAAAGAAAAGAAAAUUGUCAGAUAAACCAGUGGAAGCUGGGGAGGACUACACCAAAUUCAACAGUGCUGAUUUCAUCCUAAAACCUCCUAAGAAGAUGACAGCAGCUCAGAAGACUCUGGCAAAAGUCGACAAAACUGGCAUGAAAAGCAUGUCUGCAUUUUUUAGCUUAAAAGUCAAACAGCAAAAGAACUAAAUGUUUGUGUAUGUAUUUUUGCUAAUAAAGUUUAAAACAAA